AUGACUUUCAACAUCCCUACCACCGUUGGUGCUACCUCUAGCAAUGCCAACAGCUACUUUGGCGUACACAAGACACAGUCCACCGAGUCAACCCCUGUUUCUACUCCUGGAUUCAAGAACGAGGAGUUCGACAAUGCUGUGGGACACAAGCCCCUCCCUGUCCUGAACCGCGAAUUCCCCAAGCCAUCCAAUGAAGUCGACCUUCAAUCUAUGCUCGACCGCCAGCCUGGCAGAUGGACUAUCAAGGGCCAGAUGGAGGCCAACCAGCGUCGACAGAACCAAGCCCCUACUGAGGAAGAGCUCAAGGCCCAGCGUCUCCGAGACCUCGAGAAGGCCAAGGAGGAGCUCCGUGCCUCAUGGCGACCGUGA